CUGCAUCAUUUUUUUGGUUGUGCAAAGUCUCCAUGUCAUCGUCCUUGUCGCUUCUGAUCUCUCCUCCAGCUUCCACACCAGCAGAGUCAGCGUUCAACCUGGCGGACUUCUAGCCUCCAGACCCUUCCCAAGGCGUCCAAGCAUCGCGGGCUUGAAUGUCCUAUUCCUUCACCUCCCAGCCUGCGCAAGCACUUGACGGGCAUCUCAACUCUCAAUCCGCGCUCGGCCAUGAUGCAAAGUCACAGAUUACGGGACAACGACAUGACAGAGUACAGGUCCCGGAACAAAAUACAGCCAACAUGUCGGGAUCAAACAGUUUCGAGAUCACGACCACGCAGCGUAUGAUCUCGGCGACUUGGGGGAGUGUCUUGACUUCGCUGCUCGUAACACCUCUUGACGUCGUCCGUGUACGGUUACAAUCUCAAAAUCCCCCGGCUCCUGUGAAUCUCUCUCGUUUUCCUGCAUACUCCACAAGUUUCAAGCAAUUACCUCCAGAUCUCGGUGUCAAAGCGUGUUGUCGAGAAGUGUUUUGGGUUGGGGACAAUGGACAAUUCUGCCUUGCUGGGAAUGGACCGACGCAGAUUGCGAAUGCUGCUGCAACCGAGUGUGCGGUGGAAGAGACGCGGAGAAAGACGUUUAACUCGACGCUGGACGGACUGAAGAAGAUCGCGAGGAACGAAGGAUAUCUCACGCUCUGGCGGGGACUUUCUCCAACCCUGGCGAUGGCUAUCCCUGCGAAUGUCAUCUAUUUCACAGGCUAUGACUGGCUCCGAUACAACCACGCCAGUCCUCUCAGGAAAUUGACAAACGAUGUCUACGUACCACUUAUAGCGGGCUCGAUUGCUCGAGUAGCAGCCGCAAUUGCGGUCUCUCCGGUCGAAAUGUUCAGGACAAGAAUGCAGGCUACCUCUGGUGGUACUACUGGCGUCUUCAAGGACACUUUGCUAGGCCUGCACCGCAUGACUCAGACCCAGGGAUACACUUCUCUUUGGCGAGGGCUUACACUAACAAUGUGGCGUGACGUGCCAUUUUCCGGAAUCUACUGGUGGGGCUAUGAAGCUAUGCGCAAUCGAUUGACAGAUUCACGGGAAGCUGCGAGCGGGCGCGAGUUGGACUCUCAACGUUCCAUGACCGGGGGCCGACAGUCACAAGCACACGAAAGCCAAAUGACGACAUUCGUCGACAGCUUCCUGGCAGGUGCAGGCUCUGGUGCAAUUGCGGCAUUCGUCACCACGCCGUUUGAUGUUGGCAAAACACGUCAACAAGUCUACCACCAUGCUGGUGAUGAUGCACCAUCAGUGGUAGCUGCGAAAGAGUUUGCAAAACAAGGCAAACCAAUCCCCGAAGAGCUCUCAAUACCUCGAUUUUUGUAUCAUAUUUUCCGGGAAGAAGGAAUGGCUGGAUUGUUCAGAGGAUGGGCAGCUCGGUGUCUCAAGAUCGCGCCUGCCUGUGCUAUCAUGAUCAGCAGUUACGAGGUGGGCAAGAAAUGGGCGCGGAAGGUCAAUGAGCAAAAAGAGAAUAAAAAGGCUACAGCUUGAAACGCUUCGCACCGUUGACGGGCUGUGGAAAUGAUGUUAUUGUAUAAGUACGGCUGGGCCCUUUCUUUGUUGCAUAGCAAGGCGCAUUUGCACGUCACUAGGGUCCGAAUCCCUUGAUGUAUAUAGAAUCUAUUCGACUCUCUGUUUAAUACCAAAGUUGAUGAGAAAUAAAUAACGACUCAAUCUCGUUGUCUUCAACUCAAAAA